AGGAGAUCCCGGUGGGCAAGCGCGCGCUGCUCGAGAGCUACCAGAACCUCACGCGCGUUGCCGACUACUGCGAGAACAACUACAUCCAGCAACUGACUGAUCUCUGGAUGCCAGUGUUCAAAGGAACUGGGAAGCAGUUUACGGUUACCAUGUACUGUGCAACAAACAAUACCAAAUCAGAAUUCCAGGUCCUGUAAACUAAUAGUUUGGAAUACUGUGCGACUCCCAUAAAUGAUGGUCCUGAGAUUUUAGUGAAUGGAUUCUGCAGCUUUUGAAGGCUCCAGAUAAAAGGAAAGCACUAGAAGAGACCAAAGCAUACACAACCCAAUCUCUAGCCAGUGUUGCUUAUCAAAUCAAUGCACUGGCCAACAAUGUACUCCAACUGCUGGACAUCCAAGCAUCCCAGCUACGGAGAAUGGAGUCUUCCAUCAAUCAUAUAUCCCAGACUGUGGACAUCCAUAAAGAGAAAGUGGCUCGCAGGGAGAUAGGUAUUUUGACAACCAAUAAGAAUACAUCAAGAACUCAUAAAAUCAUAGCGCCGGCGAACAUGGAGCGUCCUGUAAGGUAUAUUCGAAAACCUAUAGACUACACAGUGCUGGAUGAUGUGGGCCAUGGUGUAAAGUGGCUAAAAGCCAAGCAUGGAAGUAACCAGCCUGCAAGAACUGGCACCUUGUCAAGAACAAAUCCGCCUACACAAAAACCACCGAGUCCUCCCAUGUCAGGCCGUGGAACUCUGGGACGAAAUACUCCUUACAAAACCCUGGAGCCAGUCAAGCCUCCGACUGUUCCUAAUGAUUACAUGACCAGUCCUGCCAGACUUGGAAGUCAGCACAGUCCAGGAAGAACAGCUUCCUUGAACCAGAGACCAAGAACCCACAGUGGUAGUAGUGGCGGAAGUGGUAGUCGAGAGAAUAGUGGAAGCAGCAGUAUUGGCAUUCCCAUUGCCGUGCCUACACCUUCACCACCAACUAUUGGCCCAGCACACAUUUCUGUUCCUCCUCCUCCUGGAGCCCCGCCAGCACCACCACUGCCACCACCACCUCUCCCGAUGGGCAGUAUGAUAGCUGCUCCUGGUUCAGCUCCUGGUUCCCAGUAUGGCACAAUGACCAGGCAAAUUUCGCGACACAACUCUACCACUUCCUCAGCAUCUUCUGGUGGAUACAGACGGAAUCCCUCUGUGACUGUCCCAUUUUCUGCUCAACCUCAUGUUAAUGGCGGGCCUCUUUAUUCUCAAAACUCAAUUUCUAUUGCUCCACCCCCUCCCCCUAUGCCUCAGUUGACUCCACAGAUACCUCUCACAGGCUUCGUGGCCAGGGUGCAGGAAAACAUUGCGGAUAGUCCAACUCCUCCUCCUCCACCACCUCCAGAUGAGAUGCCUAUGUUUGAUGACUCUCCCCCACCCCCACCUCCACCCCCGGUGGAUUAUGAAGAUGAGGAGGCUGCAGUAGUGCAGUACAGUGAUCCAUAUGCAGAUGGGGACCCUGCAUGGGCACCUAAAAACUACAUAGAGAAAGUUGUUGCUAUAUAUGACUAUACAAAGGACAAGGAUGACGAGCUGUCAUUUAUGGAGGGUGCAAUCAUUUAUGUGAUAAAGAAGAAUGAUGAUGGCUGGUAUGAAGGAGUUUGCAAUCGUGUGACUGGCCUGUUCCCUGGGAAUUACGUUGAAUCAAUCAUGCACUAUGCUGAUUAAAAUCCUUUACUUUUCAAGUUGAGUCUUGUAUUCGGUCAUACCAUGAUUAUCUGCAAGGGGUAACUAAAGGUAACAGAAUAAUCUUAAUACACUCUAAGGAAAAAUGUGCCCAUCUCUUCAAGCCAUCCUAUUUUAAUGGUAUGAUUGAAUGUCCAUCUCCAUAAGCAUAAGUCUCUGGAGACAGUUUGUCUGAUCUGAUGGCAGUUUGUAAAACAAGCAACUGUCUAUUACUGGUUAUACUUAUUUACUUAUGCAUUGUUAAUUUUAUGACCAGCCUAAAUAUUUGGGGGAAGUAGGGCAUAAUAUUUAAUGAACCAUGAUACAGAUUGUGCCAUUACAUUUUUCAGUGCAGCAUGGUAACUAACACUAAGUUAGACUAACAUAUUAAAAAUCUGGAUGAAAAGUUUAAUGUUAGUGCUGGUCAUAUUACUUUUUGUUUAGACUCUUGCUCAUUCUUGAACUAUACUAUUUGUUUAAAGCAUGCAUACAGACUUAUGUAUUGAAAUGAUACUUUUUAAAAAAUCCAAGAUGCUUCCAAUCUGUUGUAAUCUUUACUUGGAGUACUCUCACUAAAAGUUUAUUGCAAUGAAUUGUUUGAGUCUCUAAGGUGUCCAUGUGAAUCAAAAAUGGGUGGUCUUCUGUAUGUGUAAUUUGUACUCACGUUUUUUUAAACGAGUAAAUUUGCAUUAUGACUUUUCCAUUCAUAAAUAUAUAAGUGAACCAAAGGUCUCGUCCAUUACUUUGUUGGUUUGCUUGGCAAAGUGAUCUGAAAUGCUAAUUUAACAAAAAUAUGGUUGUGUUAUCACUGGCAAUACACUGAGAUUAAAAGUGUUGUACCCUUAAACUACCAUGGCAAAGGGCCAAUGAAAGUGAAGUCAUCCAGUUACCACAACCUCUUCUAAGAUCCUUUGAAAAUCUUAGCAGAUUUUUUACACCUGUUACAUAAGAUGAGUACUUUGAAAGGAGUUCUGACUGUCCAAUGCACUCUCUUUUAAAUAAAUAGAUUCAGUUCACUGAAACUGACGUUCUUAAAAACAAACUGCAUGCUGGACCAAAUAGGAGAAAAAAUAUUUUAUGCUGGACCUGGUAACAGGCCAAGUAAGACAGAAAGAGCUAGCAGUCCUUUUUAACCAUGGGACACGGGAACAGAUAUGCACAUCCUGUUAGGUUUUUAGUACUGGGAGCUAACAGAUGCACUUUGCCUUUCCUUUGAGUUAAGGGAAUUCAGGCAAAAGGUCAGAUGGGAUGUUCAUCUCAGUUUGUACAAAGAAGUGUGUUGCUUAGGUUAUCUGAUGUAGAAUAUGCUGUAGUACUGGAGAAUUAUGUAGUAAGGAUUGGUUUUGGACUUCAAAGUACUGUUCUAAUGAGGUAUAAAACAUACACAUCUGUAAUAAAAUGAUGAAAAGACUGGUGGCUUGGAAAUUUGGUUACUGAAUUAUUCAUUUUCUAGUGGAAGACUGAAUAUUGAAACUCUUUCACCUGCCUCCAUUGUAACUAUUUCAAAUGCUUACUGCCUUUUCUUGUUAACUAUUAAUCUGAUUUUUCUAAAAAAAUUAGCAACCAAUAACUUACCUGUAUUUCCUUUAUAAAUUGGAAAGUUUCUUUUAGUUUGUAUAUAACCUAUUAAAGUUUAUGUACAGUCUUUUAUAAUAAACCAUUCUCCUAUAUAAAAUUUUGGGUACUUUUGCAGUUUGACACUGACAAAGCAUUCAAGCCAUUAUCUAUUUUCACAAUAAAGCCUAACACACCAUAUAUUAUAAACAAGAAAGGGAAAGUUGAAGCACAUUCAUUUUAAUACAUUGAUUAUAUUUAUUUUUAUUGUGGCCUUGUGCAUUAACAUUAAGUGUAAACAAUGCCCCACACAACAUCAAAGUCUUCAUUAAAACAUUAUACAGCAUGAAUAGAAUUUAAUAAAUGGAUUGAUUGAUUUCA